AUGCUACAGACACGCAUGAAGGCCCCGUACCCUAUGUACGAUCUGGAGGGCGGCAUGGGCGUACCCGCCAAGGAGUAUAAGCCCUCCAAGGGCCACGCCAUCAGUCGUCUCAGAGACAAUAAGUCGCUGCGGAUCGGCGUGAGUCUGUGUGUAUGGUACUUCUUCUCCGCGUCCGCCACCUUCACCAAUAAGGUGCUGAUCAAGGAGCACCACGUGUCGGCCGAGAUGCUCACGAUGUGUCAUCUCUUCAUCAGCAUUAUCUUUGACUUUGUGGUGCUGACGUUCCCGAGCUCGCCGACGAAUUCUGGGGCCUGGCGCAUGCAGCGAGCUCGUAUGCGCAGUAUCAUGUGGAUCAUACCUCUCAGCCUCUUCUCGGUCCUUGCCAAGAUGCUCACGUACUGGAGCUACAACGCUGUGCCCGUGUCCAUCACGCAGACAUGUAAGGCAUCGCAGCCCCUCUUCAACGUGGUGCUGGCCUACUUAGCCUACCGCUCGCGGUUCUCCGUCGCCACGUACUCGAGUCUUGUUCCCAUCGUCUUCGGCGUCGUAUUAGCAUCCGUAUCCGAAAUGGGCAUGAACGAUCUGGCAUUCUCAGGUGUAGUAUUUGCCGUGACAUCAGCGUUGUUGGGUGUCAUGCAGAGCAUGUAUGCCAAGUUCUUAUUACGCCGCCGGAUCGUUGUUGAUACGGUCAAUCUUCACUUUUACAGCGCCUUUGUGUCUUUUGCCAUCAACGCGCCUUUCGUGCUGAUGGCCGCUCGAGCUCACCAGGACAACUUUGUGGCCAGUUUUCCGUUCGGCAAAGUCUUGAUGUGCAGUAUGAUGCACUUCGUGGGUAGUUUCUGCUCGUCGUGGGUGCUGGGAGAAGUCUCGGAGCUCACGUUCUCCAUUAUGAGUACGAUGAAGCGCGUGGUCAUCAUUCUCAGCGCCGUCUUGUACUUUGGCAAUCCAGUCACCUUCCAGUCGAUUCUGGGCAUGGCCCUUGCGAUCGGUGGAGUGGCUGCGUAUCAGCUACUCAAGAUCUCCGAAAAGCAGUCCAAAAUGCUACCAUUGCCACUUACAGUAAAAACGGCCGAUUAA